UUCAAAACUAUGGCAGAAGUUUCGUCGAACUCAGAAGAAGCUGAAAAAGCGUCCAAUAUUAACAGCGGAGACAAUGGGAUACAAAGGCGCCUCUCGUUUUCGUCAGAAAAAGAUAUUAGCACACUGGACACGUGUGACGUCUCAACAUUACAAAGUGUUCCUGACAACUCGAGUUCAUGCCUACCCUCUGCGGACAUCGCCGAGCAGCUCUCACCACAGGCCGUAAACACAUGUUUAAAGGUGAAAAAUGUCAUUGAAAUAAAAGAUCUCUCUCUUGAAUGUCGUCUACAUUCUAAACAGCACAAUGUAAAGCACACUGAAGACAAGGAAAACUCCACAACGCCCUCUACAACCAUCACUACAGAAAAUACCCAAGGAGAAGACACUUCUGGUCAGAGAAGUUUGCCAGAUUCCAAUGUGACUGCCAGUAAACAACACGGUGACACAGAGGACAGUGAUGCUGAGGUGGUGAGAAGAGCACAGGAGGAAGGCUGUGUGAAUGUCGUCUUUCCAGGCACUCUGACUCAGGAGGGCUGCUGCCGCUUCGUCAGCGAGAUCCUCAAGUGCAUUCUCUAUCAGAGACAGCAACUACCCAUGACAUAUGACCAGCUGGUGUAUUCCCAAAAGAAACAACAGGCCUCAAUGCAGGACAAAGACAUGGUGAGUCGGAGGCCGGUGAAGUCUGCAGACAUGGAUUGGCGGAAGUGUCAGCAAACCCUUCAGGAGCUAGAGGAAGUGCUGCAGCAGCUGGAGGUGCUAUUUUCCCUUAGCAGGGUGCCCCGUGUGCUGCUCCUACUGGGUGGCUCCCUCAUCCUGCCAAAAGAGCUGUAUGAGAUCAACAUGGAGGCGCUGGUGUUGGCUGGUGGAGAUCAGUGUCUACGGGUAUCCUCAUGCCUAAGGCAGCUUUUCCGCACUCUUUUUGUGGCUGACAUUUUGUCUGACACCAGACCUGUUCGGUUAAUGUCCACCACAGUCUUAGUGCUGGCUCACAGGGAUUGUGGCGUAGGUUGGUUUCGCCCAAAACUACAAUUUAAAGUACCAGCUCGUGUUAAGAACAAAGUUAUUGCUCUGUCUACUGAUCCCAGCACUUUUGAGGAACCAAGAGCAGAGGGGUCAGAGUGGCAGGAUUAUGUGUGGUUUCAGGCACCCAUGACUAUCAAGGGCUUCAGCAACUAACCCAUAAAGUUGGGGAGUGCACAGUAGAGAUUGGAGGUCUCUUUCUGUACCACAGUGAAAUUUUAAUGGCAGUACAAGUGAAUCUUGAACUGUAUAUAUUUUAAUGAAUUAUGAGUUUCAUUUUUACUACUUGUGAUUAAAAGUAUGUAGAUUCAAACAAUAGUGGCUUUAUUGACACAAGCAGUAUGGCGUAUUAUCCUUUUUUUUUUUUUAUCAUCUAAAAUUUUGGGAAACUGUUCUGAAGAUGCUUUGUUGGCACGUAUUGAAAUCUGUUUUGAGAACAUAGUUUCUUAUUUAUAUUUAUAAAGAAUGUUUUACAUAAAAU